GGAAGCAGCAAACCGCGUGUGCACCUGCAGGGCGCUGUGCUUACAGGACGCGCGGCUCUGCCUAGCGGGGCAGUCCCAGCUACUUCCACCUGGCGGUGGACGCGACGGGGCCGCCAGAGCUGCCCGGACAGCAGAGCUACCCGGCAGGGGCGGCAGGGGCCCGGCCUCGGAAGGCAACUUUUAAAGAAAGUAUUUUCCAUCUAUAGAACGUAGGCCGGGCGACUCGCUGAAUGUAACGUCCUCCCCGUCCUAGUUCCGAAGGCCUGCCAGCAGGAGACGAAUGAGCGCCGCCGGGCCGCCCCAGGACUCCGCGCCCGCACCGAGACCACACCAGGCUAGACUCUCGGCAGUUAUUCCCGACAUGCUCCUUUCCGGGAUUUCAAACCCAGCAACCACCACGUCCCCACCCCUGCCCCAGCAACAGGCGGGGGCUUGCUCCUCAUUGGCCGGAGCCCGAGCCGCCGUGUUCUGAUUGGCCGCGGAGCCCCCCGCCCUGCGUCUGCGCUCGCUGUCGCCUCCAUUUUGUCGGUAGAGGCAGGAGGCGGACGUCGGGUUGGAGACACCAGGCGGUCGGCAGCUAGCUGGUCGGUGCUUGCGGGUUGUUUGAUCCGUGCCUCGUCUCUCCCUGGAAAGGGAGGGAGGCCUCUACGUCGAGAGGCAGCGGCCGCCGUAGUUCCGAGCGUGAAGUCGGACUUCUCUCACGCUUGUGUGCUGAGGACACUCAGAUGUUGGCCUCAGCUCCUAGGCUGAACUCGGCAGACCGGCCCAUGAACACUUCUGUCCUGAGACAAAGGAGAGGAUCGGCCAGAAAGCAACACCUAGGACCCUGGGCGUGGCAGCGAGGGAGAGGCCAGGCCGUGGGAACCCUGCACUCUGGGCAGCAGACUGAAAGGUGACAAAGAAGCUGAAGAUGGGUGGUGGAGAGAGGUAUAACAUUCCAGCCCCUCAGUCUAGAAAUAGUAAGAACCAGCAGCAGCUUAACAGACAGAAGACCAAGGAUCAGAAUUCCCAGAUGAAGAUUGUUCAUAAGAAAAAAGAAAGAGGACAUGGUUACAACUCGUCAGCAGCCACAUGGCAGGCCAUGCAAAACGGAGGGAAGAACAAAAACUUCCCAAAUAAUCAAAACUGGAACGCGAACUUGUCAAGUCCUAGCUUACUUUUUAAGCCACAAGCCAAUCAGAACUAUGCUGGAGCCAAAUUCAGUGAGCCGCCAUCACCGAGUGUUCUUCCCAAACCACCUAGCCACUGGGUUCCUGUUUCCUUUAAUCCUUCAGAUAAAGAAAUAAUGACCUUUCAACUUAAAACCUUACUUAAAGUACAGGUAUAAAACUGCUAAGUGCAAAUGUUUAAAUUGGCCUGAAACAAAUUUGACUAGGGAGUUUGUGUAAAACUGAUUAGUAUAAGCAUAUAUCUCAUUUGUUUUGUGUGCACUGUGAUAUAAUGGUAGUAUCAGUGCAACUUAAGGUAACUAAAUAAUUGUACUUCCUACUAAGUGUCCUCAAUUGAGUAACUUUGAGGUAAAACCAUUAAAGUUUGGAUUCUCAUUCGUUUAGAUUUAGGGGAGGGCAAAAGAAAUAAGUUUUCUAUUGUCUGUUGGGGGAAAGUAGUUACCAUUAUCAUUCAUGGAUCAGUAGUGAGCUGCUUAAGGUCAGUGAAUCAAAUUAAUCACCUAACACAAGGAUCAAAAACUAGUUGAACCUUUGAAAGUUUACGUUCUAGAAACAAACUAGUAAUGUCAACAACCCAAUGCACUGCCAAAAGAAAAUGAAUUUUCCUUAAUAAGUUACAGUUCAGUGCAUUAUGCAGUGGUGAAUGGGAAGGGCACAAGUUUACCCAUCAGCCUUCUUUAACUGCAGUUCAAUAGGUGUCUGCCAAUGAAUGCAUCCAAACCAUUUUUUAUAGGAACAGUAUUUGAUGGUCACUCAAUAGCUUUCAAAUACAUAUUUUGUAUUAUAGCACUGCUCAAGCUAUUCUGUCAGUGAUCUUAACAUCCCUGCAAAGCUUGCUUAAAGUGGGGAACUGUAUAAUGUGAAACUUGUCUAGGGAAGAAAGAGCCAUGUAAAUACAUGUAAUCUUGUAGCAUAUGUAAAGUUUUCUUGGCUUUUAUCUUACAAAGAGUAUUUUGGUAUGAACUUGCUGAAUGUAAGACCAUGGAUUGUUUUUUAUACUAUGACCUAAUUUUAAAGGUCUGAAAUGUUUUUAGUUUGCCCCUGUGCUGAAGUGCCAGUGUAUGUAAUGACUGAUUUGGAUGUAAACUAUAUUUCAGAGGAAACCCUAGUGUAUAAUGAGUUUUAUAAUAUAACUGAAAAAGCUUUAAGCUGCUAAAACACUUCCUAUUUUUGAGAGAUGUGAAAUGCAGUACAGGAACACCCCCUCCCCCAUCUCCAAUCAAGCCCAAAGUUGAGCUGUUGUAGAGUUCCUCCAGUCUUAAAAGGUUCCUUUUGGUUUUCACAAAUUCUUAGGUUCUAUGAUUCAAAAACACUUGAAAUGUGUAGUACCAGUGGAGUUUUGUGUAAUAAGUAAUCCAGGGGACAACCUAUUAUAUAAAAGCAUUUCUUGCAUAUAAUACCUAGGUACAUUUUGAAAGGUAAAUUCAAAAUAAAACUUAGAAAUUAAGCCAGAUACACUGUGGAUCAAGAGUUAAUGCCCUAUUUUUUCACCUAACUUCAUGUUCAUAAGAGUGAUCAAGUUUUAUUUCCUCAAAUAUGUCAUAAAUUAAUGUCCAACUCAAAUAUUCGAAUAGCCUAAAGACAAGUUUAUAUAGUACUUCAUGUACAUAAUAUGAAUUUGAAGCAUGAAAUUAAAAAAUAAACUUUUUCCUCCCCA